GUUAUACUGUUAGAUGGCCCUAUCGUGUUCUUCCUUUUGCAUUUUAGCAGAGGAUUGACUGUCGUCUGCCAUAAUAUAACCUUCUUUGAAUUUUUAAAAAGUGCAGACGUUUUGCGUGAACAAUGUCAGAAGUCGAGGAAUCAGCUCCAGAGACAGCAGAAGCAGCUCCAGAGCAGGAUGCUGUGUCUGAAGAAGACAAGAAGUUUUUAGCUGAUUACAUAAAAGAAACAGAACAGCGGCUAAACGCUAAAGAAGAAAUUCGAGCUGCUAACUUAAAUCCCAAUAGACCACCGGAAUCAUAUUUUAGCAAGCUCGAUUCAACUUUAAAGAGGAACACGACGUUUGUUAAGAAAUUAAAAAAUUUUAGUAGCAUUCAGUUAGAUACAGUUCUAAAAGAUAUGACACAUUUAAAUCUGACCAAAUAUGUAAGCGAAGUUGCUACUGCUUUGGUAGAUGCUAAACUGAAAAUGACCGACGUUGCACCUGCUAUUAAAGUAUGCAGUUUCUUGCAUCAAACGUAUGCAGAAUUCUCAACUCAUUUUUUUGAAAACUGGCAAAGAAUUUUAUCAUUGAAAGUUGUUGAUAAAAUUGCAAAUCCAAGCAAACUUAGAGUAGAUCUUCGAUUUUACGCCGAACUAGUCAAUGCAGGUAUUUUUACCCAUAAGCAAGGAUUACCAUUGCUCGGUUCUGCGUUAACAGUAUUAAUUAAUAUGGACAAAGAGGAACAUAACAACGCAAGCAUCAUAUUAAGUUUUUGCAAACACUGCGGUGAAGAUUAUGCAGGCCUUGUACCUAAGAAAGUGAGGGAAAUAUCUGAGAAACUGAACACGCCGAUACCUAAAAGUAAAUUACUUUCUCCCGACAAACAACAGAAUGUCAGAGUAUUGCUGCGGGAUUAUUAUAAUUCAUUAUGUAAGCAUUUGUUGAAAGAACAUAAAGAUCUUCAAGCAUUUGAAAAGCAAAAUCGGAAGAUUCUGCAAACGAGGGGCGAGCUAAGUUCUGAGAGGAAAGAAAAACUCGAGAGCCUACAAGUAUCGUACGAACGUUUAUUGAAUAAUGUACAAAGCUUUUCUGAUACUUUGGAUGAAGCAAUGCCAGAACUGCCUGUGGAUAACGAAAUGAAAGCGGAAGCGGAAGAGUCGUUGAAAAUGAUCAGCGAAGGAGAAGAAAAUAGCAUUUUAGAAGAUAUGUGGGGAGACGAGGAGACACGCCGAUUCUACGAAGUUCUACCGGAUUUAACAGUAUUUCUACCAGGGUCAUAUUUAAAAGAAGUACCGAAACAGGACGUUCCGAUAAGCGAAGACACCUUAGAUGAAGAAAUAGCGUUCGAUGAAAUAGAAGAGCCGGAAAAGGUAGAUGAACCAGAAGCGGAAGUGGAAGAGCCACAGGUUUCGAAUAUAAGUAAUAAAAUACUUCUAGAUGCAUUCAUAACACACCUGCCAAAUUGCGUAAAUCGCGAAUUAAUUGACAACGCAGCAGUACACUUUCUAAUGAAUCUCAAUACGAAGCAUAAUAAAAAGAAAUUGGUAAAAGCGUUGUUCGGUGUCUCCAGAAUUCGUUUAGAUUUAUUGCCAUUUUAUUCACGGUUGGCGGCUAUUCUUUAUCCUGUUAUGCCCGACGUGGGAAACGACUUGUGCUCAAUGUUGAAACAUGAUUUUAAAUAUCAUGUACGGAAAAAAGAUCAGAUUAAUAUCGAGUCGAAAGUAAAAGUCGUCAGAUAUAUCGGUGAACUCGUUAAAUUUAAACUUUACUCAAAGAUAGAAGCACUGUAUUGUUUGAAGGUCUUGUUACAUGAUUUUACUCAUCACCAUAUUGAAAUGGCUUGUAAUUUGUUAGAAACAUGCGGUAGAUACUUAUUUUGCUCACCGGACUCGCAUCAAAGAACGAAAGUUUAUUUAGAGCAGAUGAUGCGUAAGAAGGCAGUCACUGCGUUGGAUUCGCGUUAUGUGACGAUAAUUGAGAAUGCGUAUUAUUACGUGAAUCCACCGGAAACUUCGGGCGGUACGUCGAGAAAGGAUAGGCCGCCGAUUCAUGAAUUCAUAAGGAAACUGUUGUAUCAGGAUCUUUCGAAAACCAAUACCGAUAAAGUACUCAAGUGGAUGCGUAAAUUAGAUUGGGAAGAUGAAAGCGUGUCAUCUUAUGCUAUUAAGUGUCUCACUGCCGCACACAAUGUUAAAUAUCUAAAUAUUCGAUGUGUAGGAAGUUUAUUAGCGGGACUCGUCGCGCAUUACGAAACGAUAGGACCUCAUGUGGUAGACGGUGUAUUGGAAGACAUAAGAUUGUGCAUGGAAAUCAAUUUACCGAAAUUUAAUCAACGGCGUAUCGCUAUGGUGAAAUAUCUCGGAGAACUGUACAACUAUCGUAUGGUAGAAAGCGGUGAUAUUUUCCGAACGCUGUAUCUCCUAAUUACUUUUGGAGUUAGUAUGGACCAUAACAUACCAAGUGUUCUAGAUCCUCCUGAGCAUCUCUUUAGAAUCCGUCUGGUCUGUACAUUACUGGAGACAUGCGGACAAUAUUUCAGCGGCGGUUCUAGCAAGAAGAAACUCGAUUACUUUCUAAUAUUCUUCCAAAAUUACUAUUGGUUUAAAUAUACGGAUCCAGUCUGGACUCAGGAAAAUCCAUUUCCCGUGGGUAUAGAUUACAUGUACCGCGACACGCUAACGAUGCUGAGGCCUAAAAUGCAAUUGUUCCAAAGUUACAAAGAAGCACAAUGCGCUGUAGAGGAACUGCGAAAUACAUUGUAUCCUACUCUUGGAAAUCCUACCGCAGAAGAUGGUGUUGAACGUAUCGAGGGAGAGUCCGAUAUGGGUGUAAUCGUCGAAGGAGACGAGGAUGUGGCUGUGACAUCUGGGAACGGCAGUGGAGACGCGAAAGGUGUGGCUGAUUUACACUUUGAAGAAUCUGAAGAUUGCUCGGAGGCUCAAUCGGAAGAGGACUGGACUGCUGACGGAGAAAGAGAUUACACUAUUGGCACGCAGGAAAAUACACAAGGGGAUCAAAGCCUUUCGGAAGGUGGUACCGAUGGUGUCAUUAUGGAUGUUACAGAACUAAAUGCGGCACUGCCAGCGGGUCCUAGGAGAGUAAGUUGUCCCGAGGACGACGACUUCUUGUCCGCUCUUGAUAAAAUGGUUUCAGAUAACAUACAAGAUAGAAUGCGAGACUCGGUGAAGCCGCAGCAAGUGGACAUUUCAGUCCCGCUGCAUGUGAAAAGUACCAAAAAAACUUACGAACAAUUGCAAGAGAGACCUACCGAUAACAACACAGUCGAUUUCGUGCUUAUGCUUAGAAAGGGUAACAAACAACAAUACAAGAAUCUGGCGGUACCCGUGUCAUCGGAAUUGGCAAUGAAUCUUCGGAACCGAGAACAAGAACAAAAGGAAGAGAAGGAACGAGUUAAAAGAUUGACGUUGAAUAUUACGGAGAGGCAGGAGGAGGAAGAUUAUCAAGAAACGAUUAAUCAGAGCACCAGGCCAGUGACGGUAAACUUAAAUCGGGAACGACGGCAAAAAUAUAAUCAUCCCAAAGGCGCGCCAGAUGCGGAUCUCAUUUUCGGCCCCAAAAAGAUUCGGUAGAUGUAUUUUAAUGCACAUGGAAACAAAUAUUUGCAUAUUAUGAAAUCGCAAGUACUUUAUAUUCAAUGCGAACAUUCCAUGUUCGUAUUUGUAUGUAAGAUUUGCAACAUAUUAGCGACUCUUUAUUUUUAAUUUGAAAUACAUAUCUAUAGGUCGUUUAUAUGCAUUCUCCUUUGAAUGUCAAUUUCCAUGUAAAGAUUUUUUUAUAUAAUUCCACAUUAUGUUCUGUAUUAAAAAUGCAUUAAUGUCAAUAUGUAUUUCCAUCCAUUUGAGUGAAAGAUAUUAUUGUCAGCUCUUGAUAUACAAUUGGUGUUUUAUAUAUUACAUAUAUAUUAAAUUACACGGUCUUUAUGUAUGUACAAUAUCUUCUUGAAACAACUGUUUGACUAAACUGCUGUACAAUGUAGCUUGUCCUAAAAACUACAUAUUGACAUGAACGAGGAUACAGUGUUUUUAAUAUCAAUCAUGAAAAUAUGUUAUUAAAAAAUCGAUACAGUUUUACAAAUAUAUUCGUUUCGGACUUGAA